GGAUUCCCUGUAGGGGCGGGGCCAUGUCAGCCGCACGCUAGACUGUGAUUGGUCAACGACUGUGCGUCCGGUACACGUGUCCUAGGAGUCACCGGAGCCGGGAUGCAGGACAUACAAAAUGUGCCCAUUGACAUCCAGACCAGCAAACUGCUGGAUUGGUUGGUCGAUCGUAGACACUGCGCCCUCAAGUGGCAAAGCAAGGUACUGCAGAUUAGAGAAAAGAUUAACCAAGCACUUCAGGACAUGCCGGAACAUGAGGAUAUCCGGAAUCUCCUGUCUGGAACAUACAUCAAUUAUUUCCACUGCUUAAAGAUUGUUGAGAUAUUGAAAGGAACAGAAGCUGCCACCAGAAACCUUUUUGGAAGAUACUCGUCUCAGAGAAUGAAGGAUUGGCAAGAGGUGAUCUCUCUAUACCAAGUGGAUAAUACCUAUCUAGCGGAGAGUGGCAGUCUGUUAAUGCGCAAUGUGAGCUAUGAGAUCCCGGCUAUGAAGAAACAGAUGACUCGGUGUCAGCAGCUUGUUGGGGAGUGUGAGCAUCGGGCAGAGGAGUGUGUGCAGGGAGCAGCAGAGCAGCGAGAACAGUAUUACAGCAGCUGUAAGCGUUACGGAAUCAAUGGAGAAGAGGUCCAGAAGGAGCUACAGAUGUUGGUUCGUGAUGUCCCAGCAGCCCUUAGGCAAUUUGGAUCAGAUGCUGCUGAACUUCUGCCUGCAAUCCAGUUGUACCUGGCCUGUGUGUCUUUUGUCUGUGACAGCUCUCCUGAACAGGCUCUUCCUCUCAUCCGCUAUGUGCAAGAACAUGGAGACACAACAGUGUAUGAGUGGCGAACAGGAGAAGUCCCAGUGACAAUAGAACGACCAGAAGUUAAGGAGGUUGAUGAGGUUUCCCAUUCCAUAGAAGGAGAUAUUGACUGGGGAAAUUUUGAACUAACUACGGAGAAUCCAGCUCUGCAAACAACAGAGGAGGUAGACUGGGGCAUUGAUUCAGGAACAGAGGCUACAGUUUCGGAUGGUAUAGUCUGGGACACCGAAGAAAUUGCGCCUGGUGAAAUCAUCACCGUGCUGGAAGCUGGGCACGAUGUCCCUCCAGGUGUGGCUCGAGGAUCCGACGCUCUCACAGUGCUUGAAAACACAGAAACGCGCAAUCAGUUUGUUGAUGAAUUAAUGGAGUUGGAGCUCUUCCUCUCUCAGUGGCUGCAGGGUAUUGAUGGUGAUACUGACAUUGUCACCGUCACACAGUUCCAGACAGCCCCAUCCAUUCUGCAGGGACAGACCCAGAAGAAAGUUGAAGCCAUGUUAUCGCAAGUUAGAAGCUUAAUUGGACGCUUAACCGACGUCAAAAUGCGCCAUCUUUUCCUCAUCCUAGCAUCACCGCGGUAUGUUGAUCGUGUAACGGACCUACUGCGACAGCGCCUGAAGCAAGCAGAGCUCUUAGAGAGGAAAAGAGAGGCAUGGUUGGAGAGGGGGAAGCUGGCAGCGGAGGAGAGGGAAAGCCUGGAACCUAAACUUUUACUUCUUCAAGAGCGGAGUCGUGAACUCCAGAAGCAGAUUGAAGCAGAUAUAUCCCGAAGAUAUAACAACCGCCCGGUGAAACUUAUCGGCACUGGACUUUGAAAGUCAUCAUGUGACCUUACAUUAAAAGUACAGUGUUUAUAAAGUGUCGUAUGAGUGUCCUGUCCUUUAAAGCGAUAUCGUUUGCGAAUGACAAUGACCCACUUCCCCUUAUGUCUGUAACCUGUAUGCUUUCGGACCAUUGUGCGGAUGACACAUUCCGUCUCCCUCCUUGCUCCUUUUCCUUAGCCCCACACUGCGCCAGCGCCCGUCUUUCUCCUUUUCCUGGCUCCUUAAUUACAUCCUAUCAGAAUGACGAGUGACCUGUCACUGCUCAUUAUUCCGGCUGCUUGUUAUCUCCGCUCUUGGGGGGGGGUGCUGCACCCUCCAGCUGGACACUGAGUGAUGGCAUCUAUUAAUCAGCAGGCUCACGGAGCCAUACCUGUAAGCACGUUGUGCAGCUCUUCCAGGGGGCGGGAAGUCAUGCUUUGUCGGGUUCUGACUGGAUGGGUUUACAAAUGACGCUGCGGGAUUUGGCUACAAAGGUGCCAAGGGAGCCUCGGCUUGGAUGUCUGUAAUGGAGCAUGGUGCACGAGACGGAUGCUUUGUAGGUUAUGCCAUCUUAAGGGUAUGUUUAUGCUAUAGGCAGAAAUUUGUGCCCAAAUAAUCUGUCCUGUAUAUCUGAAUAAGGUAUAUUCAAUUCACAUAAAGAAACUGCCUCAUUACUGUUUUAUUCUGUUUUUGUAUAAUUAUAUGGUGGUUUAGUUAGGAGGAGAUGGGGUAGGAGAGGAGAAAUAU